AUGGAUCCAACAACUACAAAUGUUUUCAAUGUCUUGGACCCUCAAGCUCAUCGUUUGAAGCGUAGACUUGUUGGCCAGCUCGUUACAGGAGGCUCAGUACACCGCGUUGAACCGAUGAUAGCAGAACAAGUCGAGAUCUUCGUGAAGCAGUUAGUCACGUUAUGCAUCAUGGAUUCGCCUCCUAUCAUUAACAUGUCUCAACGGUGCAAGUACCUUGGCCUUGAUAUAGCAGCCUUGCUUGCUUUCGGGUACCAAUUGAGGCUUCAGACUGAUGACAAACACCGGUAUCUGAUACGAGCCAUACCGCGCGGAAGUUGGAUUAUCAACAUGUACAUGCAAUUUUGGUUUUUGAAAACGAUAAAAUUUGGCAUUCCAAUCUAUCUUCCGGCCAUCAUUCGUGGCGAAGCAUUUCUUCCGACUCUACGAAAGAUGAUCGACGCCAGACUAGGCGAGGAUACGCAUGCAAGAGUUGAUCUGUAUUCGCACUUGGCUGACGCUUUGAAUGCUUCUGAUAACAACAAAAUCACGUUAAAGGAACUUUGGGCUGAGGCAAUAUUUUUCCUGCCGGCGGCUGGUGAUACUAGUUCUACGGCACUAAGUUCCCUCUUUUUCUACGUGGCUCAGAACUCUGAGUGCCAAAGGAAGCUAGCAGAAGAGAUUCGGACAACAUUCGCGACUGGGGCCGACAUUCGAGGCGGCCGCAAGCUCACAAACUGCCAAUACCUCCAGGCUUGCAUCAACGAAGCCCUGAGAAUGUCACCUCCCGUUGCAGGGACCCUUUGGAGGGAGCAGGGCCCCGAAGCUGCGAAUGAAGCAUUCGUUGUUGACGGAGUUGUCAUUCCCAAGGGGACACAGGUCGGAGUUAAUAUUUACUCUAUACAUCACAACCCGGAAUACUUUCCAAGCCCUUUCGUAUAUAAGCCAGAGCGGUGGCUUGUUGACGACCCCGAAGCCAAGAAAGCAAAUACAGCCGCCUUUCUGCCUUUCUCAAUCGGAGCCCGCGCAUGUGCUGGCAAACCUCUAGCAUAUUUAGAGAUCGGUAUGGCGAUGGCAAAGACACUCUGGUAUUUUGAUUUCGAACUUACGCGAGAUGCAGGUCCAGAUGCAUCACACCGGGAUACUGAAUUCAAGUUGAAGGAUGUAUUUACUUCGGACCACGAUGGACCAUAUCUACGCUUUAGGCCGCGCGGAAGCUUGUACAGAGAGUUGGUAAAUGAUUAG